GAUAAAUCAUCAAGUCCAUACAAUCUGAACUAACCACCAUCAACUGCAUAAAAUAUCUAUUUACCUAUUCACACAAGUUAUGAUUUCUGCUGAUUAGUCUUUACCAACUAAAUUAACUGUUACCCGGCUGCGUUCAUUUAUUCUUCACUUACACACCAUCCAGCGCCAUCCACCUUAGUACCUUGAAAUACCAUCUCGCUUCGGAAACUGAAUCCACCAUGCCCACCACUCGACGAUCCGCUGCCAGCGCUCGCAGCAGGGGCCUGCCCGCCAAGGGACAGUCAACUCUCAGCUUCUCAAAUAAAGUGACAAAGCCUGUGCCGAAGAACACUAAGAAGUCUAUCAUUUCACCUUCUGUUACCAAGAUUGAUCCCAGUCAGCUUGCAAAGAAGAAAGAGACAGAGGACAUUGUCGACGACGAGCCCGCGGUUGCGGAGCUUGAGGCAGCCCCGGAGCCUGUCAAGUCUGAGUUGGAGCUGCAAGCAGAAAAGGUCACGGAUGCGCAAAUCAAAAAGUACUGGAAGUCCAUUGAGAAGCAAUGGUCUACUCCUCGCCUACACCAGCAAGACGUAUCCCAAAAUGAGAGAGUUCUUCGAUAUUUCGACGUGAGCUCACAAUACGGUCCCUGUAUCGGCAUGCCUCGCAUGAAGCGCUGGAAGCGGGCGGACCGUCUGGGCCUUAACCCUCCCAUUGAGGUUCUCGCUGUUCUCAUGAAUGAAGAGAGCAAGGGCAACGACCAGAUUGAAACGGCACAUAUGGACGAGAUCCUCAACUCCAUUGCCGUGGAAACUUGAUCUGUCUCAUCAUCUUUUCACUGAUAUGCGUUGAAAGUAGCAGGGCGUUUGGGGGAAUGUUGUUUUCAUGCCGAUGUGGCUUCAUCUAUUGUCUUUGUUGUUCUAUAAGCCCAACUGAAGCUUGUUAAACGAGAUAUCUAUGACCCAAACACCAACAAGCUUUGUAAAACACAUUGGAAAUCUAGAUAACAGACCU